UAACGGAGCAGGAGGAGGAGGGACGCACACGGGAGACAGCAGUCCCGCCGACGCGCAGCCGGCAGACGACACGGGCAGCGAACACUCGUUCAGCUCACGCUCGGAAGCGCUGAGCAGGGAGAACUCGGUGCGGAAGGAGGACGUGACGGACCGCGGCGGCACCCACCCAGCGGCCGCAGCCUCCGGCGCGGACGAGGAGGACAUCGACAACCUCGUCAGCAAGUUCAAGGUCGAAGACGACGACGACGACGUCCCCAGCUCACCCGACGAAGGAACGUCGCUCGGCACCAUCGAGUUCUCGUUGCUGUAUGACGCAGUCAACAAUGCGCUGCACUGCACCGUGCACAAAUGCAAGGGCCUGCGAGCGAUGGAUUCUAACGGACUCUCGGACCCCUACGUGAAGCUGCAUCUGCUGCCGGGAGCGAGCAAGGCCACCAAGCUUCGCACGAAGACCGUGCACAAGACACUGAACCCGGAGUACAACGAGACGCUGACGUACUAUGGCAUCAUGGAGGACAACGUCUAUCGCAAGACGCUGCGGAUCACGGUGCUGGAUGAGGACACGUUCACACAUGACUUCAUCGGUGAGACGCGCGUGCCACUGAAGCGUCUCAAGCCGCAGCAGACGAAAACAUUCAACGUCUACCUGGAGAAGCAGUUACCUCUGGAGAAGGACGAUGAGCUGCUCCAGCAGGGCCGUGGGAAGAUUCUCAUCGCUCUCCGAUACUCGAACAGAAGCAGGCUCACAGUGGGCAUCGUGAGGUGCGCCCAGCUAGCAGCGAUGGACUCCAACGGCUACUCAGACCCUUACGUCAAGGUGUACCUGAAGCCGGAUGAGAAGAAGAGCUCAAACACAAGACAGUUUUUACUUGCAAAGAAAAACGCCCGCUCAAACCCAGAGUUCAACGAGGAGUUUUUCUAUGACUGCAAGCUGAACGAUCUCGCCAAGAAGACUCUGGAGGUGACGGUCUGGGACAAGGACAUCGGACGCCAGAAUGACUACAUCGGCGGCCUGCAACUGGGCAUCAACUCCAAGGGCGAGCGAUUGAAGCACUGGUUUGAAACGCUGAAGAACCCGGACCGACGGCAGGAGCGAUGGCACACGCUCUCCGAUGAGCCUUAUCACAAGACGAAAUACUACUGAGGGACGAGCUGGUGCCAAGGGCCACCACCAGAGGGCGCAUGCUCUGCACGCGCACACUGCACGCUGUAGUCGCACCGUAGUUCCGCGUCUUGCGUACACGUGGCGCCCUCGCGGCGCCGUCCGUCGCGCCGUCCGGCUCGGCACGACGGCCGACGCGCCGUUUUUUCGCUUCCGGUUUGUAGAUCGUAGCCACCGGCCGCCAUGUUGUUUUUGUGUACUCACAAAUAUCGGGGUUCGCACGCAUGCCAGGGUUCCGCUGUCAGUGCCUUGAUGCAGUAGUGCGAGAGAUAGAGAUGGAGAGACGGAGAGAGAGGGAGGAGAGAGAGAGGAGGAGAGAGAGACAGAG